UUGGAGCGUUUGAUUGUUCUACCCGUUUGUCCCUGUCAACCACAGCUGGAAUGACCCAAUUCAUGUUAUUGCUAACACCUGGAUAUAUGCUACUUUUUAGCAUUUGCUAGUGGCAGCUGUGUAAAUUCAAUCCAGUGAGACUAAUUUAUAAAAGUAAAAACAAUUAAUGUUUUAGCGAAGACGUUUGUUACGUGGUAGAAAAGAAGCGAUUAGCUUGGCCGCCCCCCCUCGUCUGUUAGCCGGGGUGGAAAGGAGGAGUUUAACCCAACAAUGUCAGGGAGGAGUCGGCUCUCUCUCCGCGCUCCUGUGUGGAAACAUCACCAUCCGUGCAAGUAACAACCUCGAACUAAUGCGCUUGUUUUUGUCGCUUCAAACUACAACAAAGAGUUACAUGUGCAUGCCGUGAGGAGGAAAACAACUCAAUUCAAACAACUAAGUAUGUUUGAAUGGAGGAAAAACACUAACCGGUGAGCCAGGCUACAAAGCAAAUGGAUUACUUUGAGACAUGAGGUGGAAGGAUCCAUCACAUAGGAGCCUGAGUUUGAGACUUUGAUACAGGCAGCAAUGGGAAAUUCCGAGAGCCAGUACAGCAUCCAGGGCCUCAAAGCCACCAACUUUGGCUUCUCUGGGACACAGAAGCCAUACUCGCUGAAGGUCGGGUCAGCCACAGACGACCCUCUGUCGCCUCACGAAUGGUGGAAAAGUGCACCAGUGAGCUCAGGGUACAAGGCCAAAUGUGUCAGCAGGGGUUGUCUCUCCCCUCCAAAAAGCCGACAGCCUUACUCUGCCCGUCACGCUGACUACUCCUCAAGGGGAGCGAGGGCCAGCCCGAAUGAGCAUCGCUGGCAUCGCUCAACAGGAUGUGGAAUACGCAGGCGGCAUGUCUCUGAUGACUAUGAAGAUAACCCGUACGGCGUGGACUUCAAUGGUCAGAGAGACAAAGAGCAGGUUUUAGUGAAACAGAGCAGCCCGCGAGUUGUGAUCAAGAAAGAUGGCAGUCUGAGGGUGGAAUUCACCAACACCUCAAGCAACGAUCUCCUCCUGGAUGAGGUCUCCGGUCCUGUGCAGCUCCUCAAGUUCUCUGCUAAUUUGGAAUCCCCCUCCACUUCUAGUCUGCCCGGCUCCGGCAGUAGUGAGCCUGAUGGUCUCCGCAGUGGUCCCCCGCCAGCCUCUACCUCCUCCACUGCCAGAACCAGUAAAGGAAGUUCUCUGAGCUCGGAUGGUUCUUGGUAUGAUUCCCCUUGGGGCGCCAGCACAGAACUCUGUGAGCAGGAUCAACCCUGCUGUGCUAUCAGUACACAGGAGCACUCCCCUAUCAACCAACAUGACUCUUUCACAGAGGAGUCACCCCCUUUGUCCAUCGGAGGCCUCUACAAGGACUCCACAAUGGCUGCUACCUUUCCCACAGCCAAAUACCUGUCCUCCCAUUUACUGGAAGCUCCAGUUGGCCAACAGCCACAUCGAGCCUCCCUUGCGUCAGUCUUGGAUGUUCCCUUGGAGGAGGAAUGCCUUGAGGCUCGCCAAUAUUCAUCAUACACCCUGCCCUGUCGAAGGCCCAAAGCUCACACCAUGAGCGAAGGUUUGGACCAGUACCUCAACCAUCAACAACAUCGAGAGCGGGCCAGAUCGGAAUUUGGCUUCCACAAGAAAGGUUCGAUAAAGAACCACAUUCGACGUUUCAGCGACUGGACUGGCAGCCUCAGCCACAAGAAAAGGAAGUGUCAGGAGACCACACACAAGGACCUGAGCGACGUCUUUGACAGUGGCGUUGAUGGCCUUACUGCAGACACUAGCUCCCCCUCUCAGGCCUCAAGUCUCCUCUGGUACCCAGGAGCCCCUAGGACCCAGUCAUCAGGAGCUAUACACCAACCAACAAACGACGCCCUCCGCCAGAACAUUUAUGAGAACUUCAUGAAGGAGUUGGAGAUGGGCAGUGGACAGGGAGGAAGUGAGAGGAGAGACCCUUCCACAGGCGAAGAGGAGGGGGAGAGUAGCAGUGAGUCUGCUGAAGGCUCCCUGGAGCAGCUAGACCUGCUGUUUGAAAAAGAGCAGGGGGUCGUCAGACGGGCCGGGUGGCUUUCUUUUAAACCUCUUGUGACUCUGCAGAAGGACAGGAAGCUGGAGCUGGUGACGAGACGCAAGUGGAAACAGUACUGGAUCACUUUGAAAGGAUGCACAUUGCUCUUCUAUGAGACAUACAGUAAAGGCUCUCAAGAGCAGGAGCUCUCACCUCGUUAUUCUCUUCUGGCUGAGGACAGCAUCGUCCAAGCUGUUCCCGAGCACCCCAAAAAGGAGAACGUCUUCUGCCUCAGCAACUCAUACGGCAAUAUCUACCUCUUUCAGGCCAGCAACCAGACUGACCUCGAGAACUGGGUGACAGCCAUCCAUUCAGCCAGUGCUUCUUUGCUGGCCAAGCGCCAGGGAAAGGAGGAUACAGUCCGCCUGCUGCGGAGUCAGGUCCGUGGCCUGUUGCAGAAGAUUGAUAUGGAUGGGAAAAUGAAGAAAAUGGCUGAGCUUCAGCUGACUGUUGUCAGUGACCCCAAAAACCGCAAGGCCAUUGAAAAUCAGAUCCAGCAGUGGGAGCAGAACCUAGAGAGGUUUAAUUUGGACCUCUUCAGGAUGCGCUGCUACCUGGCCAGUCUUCAGGGCGGAGAACUACCAAACCCAAAGAGUCUGCUGGCUAUCGCUAGUCGUCCCACCAAAACCAUCCUGGGCCGCCUGGGGAUCUUCUCUGUCUCGUCCUUCCAUGCACUGAUUUGUUCCAGAGACGAGGCCACACUGCGGAGGCGCUCACUGUCUCGUACUUUUCGAAAGCACAAGCGAGGCCUUUUCUCCUCCCUCAAAGGCCUUGACAACUUGACGAAGAAGGGCAAAAAGGUUUCUGCAUCACAGGUCUUCGAGGGCGACGCUGGAGGUCAAGUGCAUGCUGAGCCUUCCAAGAACACAGAGAGGAUGGAGAUGCUCGCCAGUAUCUACUCCAUGUCGCCACCUGAGGGCAGAGUGUGGGAUAGCAUCAGCUACGGCGCAGACGUGCUAACCUGUGUCCAAAUGCCAGAUGGCUUGACAACACGAGUUAACGUUGGAAGGGAACAGACAGCUGCGGACGUCCUCUCUGAAGCCUGCAAGGCUAAACAGCUGGACCCUGACCUGCAUCGACUGCGUCUGCACAGGCAGGCAGGACAGGAUGCAGAUAUUCGAGCCGUGGCUGCUGGCGAGCUCGUCUGCGAUUUGGUCACUGGCCAUUUGGAGGUGGUCCCAGUUAAUGUGUUUACUCUGAGUAUGAGCAGAAUGAGCGGCAUUGGCGAUUUUGGAUUUGCAGUAACAGGGAAUAUAGACGGUCAGAACAACAGUCGAAUCUUUGUCAGUGAGGUGCUUCCUGAUGGAUUGGGUUUCAGUGAAGGUUUGCGUCCUGGUGAUGAGAUCUUGAUGCUGAAUGGUCGAUAUGUGUCAGGCUUAGACCUUACACUCAUCCAGACGCUGUUUGCUGGGGAAACCCUUGACUUGUGCCUAAGGCGGGAUGGACCCCUGCCUCAAAACAGUGCAGUCAACCACCUAGCUCCUCCGACAUGCAAUCUCAGAGCCAAGUCGUCCUCAGAUUUGUGCACCACAGAGGAGGGUAGUGAGACCCAGUGCACCGGGCUAGAGAGUCACUCCCACUGUGCAUAUAGACCUGUUCAGCACAAGAGCGUCGACACGGUGUGCAAUCUAUACCAGUCCUUCCAGGAGGGAGAAGCCACCGGUGGCCCAGCGGCGGACACCAAGGAGCCGCUGACGAGGCAGGGUGGUGAAUUAGGGCCGAGCUCCAGGGGUGAAGGCACUCUUGUCAGAUCCUGUCCAAAGCACAUGAGCGGCACCGAGAGGUUAAGCAAGGUCAUCCAGGAGCUGGUGGACACAGAGAAGUCUUAUGUGAAGGACCUGGAAUGCUUGUUUGAGAUCUACCUGAAACCCCUGCAGAACGAAACCUUCCUCACACUGGAUGAGAUGGAGAGUCUGUUUGGCAGCUUGCCAGAGAUGUUAGACUUCCAGAGGGUCUUCCUACAGACGCUGGAAGAGAGGAUCGCCUCCUACCCUGACUUCAUCACACUUGAGACGCCUUCGCAGUUCAAGAAGCUUCUGUUUUCUCUUGGGGGCUCCUUCCUGUACUACGCUGACCACUUUAAGCUCUACAGUGGCUUCUGCGCUAACCAUAUCAAGGUCCAGAAAGUCCUGGAGAGAGCCAAGACAGACCGGGCCUUUAAGGAAUUCUUGGACGCAAGGAACCCAACCAAACAGCACUCAUCCACCCUCGAGUCCUACCUGAUUAAACCGGUGCAAAGAGUUCUCAAGUACCCUCUGCUGCUCAGGGAGCUGGUCUCCCUCACUGAUGCCAACAGUGAAGAACACUACCAUCUUACAGAGGCGCUCAAGGCCAUGGAGAAGGUGGCCAGCCACAUCAAUGAGAUGCAGAAAAUCUACGAGGAUUACGGCUCCGUCUUUGAUCAACUUGUCGCAGAGCAGGCUGGCCACGACAGAGAGGUCACUGAAAUCUCUAUGGGAGAGUUUCUGUUACAUUCCACUGCAGUCUGGCUCAACCCACACCCGUCACUGGGCCGCAUGAGGAAAGACCCUGAAAUGACCGUGUUCGUCUUCAAGAAAGCCGUGAUAUUGGUCUACAGGGAAAACAACAAGCUGAAGAAGAAGAUGACCAACCCUCGUUCAGCACUUUCUCAUGGUGAGCCCGACACAUUCAAGUUCCGUUGGCUCAUCCCUCUCUCGGCGCUUCAGGUCAGGCUGGGAAAUACAGCAGGACCAGGAACAGAAGGCAGCUGCAUCUGGGAGCUGAUUCACUCCAGGUCUGAAGUGGAAGGGAGACCACAGACGGUCUUCCAGUUGUGCAGCAGUGCCCCGGAGAGCAAGGUCAAUGUCAUCAAGGCGAUCCGAUCAAUCCUCAGGGAAAACACCAGGAGGAACACCAGAGGCGAGGCCACUUUGGAGCGCAGCUGCAAGGAGCGUCUGGCUGCCGUGCGUAACAACGCGCCCUGCACCGCCAGGCUGGGCUCCUCCAGGGUGUCCUGGUUGUGUCGGCAGCCCCUGGGAGACCCCCCCACCCAGUCUGGGAAGUCUGCAGCGGACUCUGAUGAAGGCAGCCUGAGCAGCGGCACCAACAGCGCGUCCGGCGGCGCUCCUCCACAUCUCCUUCCCGUCCAGGAAGACUGGUCUGGAUCUCCACCAGGUGGUGAUUCCCAGCCUGCCGCCGUCUCUGUGAAGGAGUCGGACAUUCUCAGCGAUGAAGACGAUGACGGUUUUAGCGAGUCGGCGGGAACGGGGAGAGACAGCGGCGUCGACACUCAGUUCUUCCAGCUCAAGAUCUCAGAGGAGCCCGUGCUGACGUACAUGCCAGCCCCCUGCGUCCAACCAGAGGGGGACACGCCUGACGUCCAGCACAGACUGGCGAGAGGCCAGCCGUGCGCGGCAAAGAGGAAAAGCUUGAGUUUGAGGAGGAGCCAGGGGGCGCUGGUGCGCAUGAAGGAGCAAAGCAGGUCAUUGGAUAAUGAUGCAGCAUCGCCUCCACUGGGACUGGACCUCAAUGCACUCCUGGAGAGGGACUUCAGUGUCCAAAGUCUGACCUCGGUGGUCAAUGAGGACUUUUUCUAUGACACGGGCCUGGACAGCACCCCCAGAGCACAGGACCAUACCACCAGUUAGUCCUGUUGGGCGCACCUGCGCUUCAUGAGGGCGGCAGUAAAUCUUCCAAACCGAGCAUUCCAUCCAUCCUACAUUCACCUUUCAGCUCAAUGGCAUUUUUCCCAUUCCACCUAUUCACCUUUCUUUCAAGAAAUAGUCAGCCCGGAAGGGGGCGGAGCCACAUAACACAAACACAUUUUCUUUCUUCGGAAGACCCACACUGGGGUUGUUUGCUUCCACAGAGGCUAAGUCACACAAUAGAAGGCAAAGGAAAUGCCUGCAAUAUCAGUGACGUGGCCAGGUGUAAGAGCAUCCUGCAAGCCAAGAAAAUGGGCCAAACUAUUUAUAUGAUAUAUUCUAAGGGCUGACUGCGUUUUAUUUUUAAUGGAAGUGGCAGGUUUGAAGGAAAUUGGUUUCACAUCCUAUUAUGUUUCCUGGCAGAUUUAAAAAUAGCUGACAAGACAUUUAAAAAGCAGAUCGAAUGACAGGAAAUGAUCAAAGAUGAUUGAAAAAAAAACAAAAAAGGAAAUGAGAUAGAUGUGACACACACAUGGUCACAUGUUCACCGUGGGCCCAAAACCCAAAGACCUGCAGUCACUAAGUUUCCCCUGCACUAAAGUACACUGUUUGCCUUUAAGAUUGAACUGUUGUUUUCUGCACAGGUUUUAAUGUUAUUAAUGCAUUUUUUAUUUAUUACUUUGAUGUGUAUAAAAUGUUAACAAAGCAACGCUUUGGCUUGAAGGGCUGAAUCAUUUAGUUAGCAAAAAGAAGCAGGGUGAUAUUUUUCUCUACAUUAGCCUUCACGAUUCUUGUCGAUGAGGAAUCGGAAUUGACUUUUUAUGUUUGUGUGUUUUGUGGACAGAGCCUCUUUUCUAUCUUGUGUAUUGUUUCUUUCUUACAUAAACUUGAUACUGUACAGCCUCCAAACAAGGCAGGAAUCAGUUAGCAAUAAAUGGAUGUUUUUUUUUGGUUAAACAAGUUGGAGUUGAGGUACGAUUAAAAAGCAAACCACUAAGACGAGUCCAUGCUUUACCUUACUUUGCCUUUAACGCUAGCAUACCAAUGAAUGUGAAUGAUGGAAUUGUUUUCUAAAUAAAAAGUUUUUAUCUGUGAAUGGUGCCUGGAGAACAG